AUGGACGCUUUCGAAUACAACGCCAACCCCGGCCGGGUGAUCUUCGGCAGCGGCACUAUCCAGAAACUCCCCGAUGAGAUCGCCCGGCUCAGCCUCAAGCUGCCCCUGGUCCUCUCGACACCGCAGCAGACCAGCCAGGCCAACACUGUCAAGAAUGUCCUGAAGGACCAGAUCGCAGGCAUCUUCUCGGAUGCGACUAUGCACACACCCACGCAUGUCACAGACACAGCCGUCAAAUUUGCGCAGGAGAAGGGUGCCGAUUCGGUCAUCUCCAUCGGAGGUGGCAGCACUAUUGGUCUGGGGAAGGCGAUUAGCUUCCGCACGGGUCUGCCGCAUAUCUGUAUCCCGACGACUUAUGCGGGAAGUGAGAUGACGCCCAUCCUGGGAGAGACCGCAGAUGGAGUUAAGAAGACCAAGUCUGAUCCCAAGAUCCUUCCCGGGACGGUGAUCUAUGAUGUCGACUUAACCAUGACCCUGCCCACGGGAAUGAGCGCAACGAGUGGUGUCAAUGCCAUUGCUCAUGCUGUCGAGGCCCUCUACGCCCGCAACACCAACCCCGUUAUCAACCUGAUGGCCCUUGAAGGAACUCGUGCCUUGGCCAGCUCCCUCCCCGAAAUUGUGGAGAACCCAUCCUCGCAACCUGCCCGCUCCCUGGCCCUUUACGGUGCCUGGCUGUGCGGAACCUGUCUAGGCAGCGUGGGUAUGUCCAUCCACCACAAGCUCUGCCACACACUUGGAGGCAGCUUCAACCUGCCCCACGCAGAGACUCACACUGCCGUGCUGCCGCAUGCCAUCUCGUACAAUGUGCCUAACAUCCCCGAGGCAACGAAGAAGCUGGCCGAUGCUCUUCCCGAAAGCAACGGUGAUGCGAUCCGCGGGUUGAAUGUUUUGUUGGAGAAGUUGAAGGUCAAGCGGGGAGUCAAGGACUUCGGUAUGAAAGAGGAGGACGUUGACAAGGCUGCUGAUAUUGCCGUGAGCAACCCGUACUGGAACCCCCGGCCGAUUGAGCGUGGUCCAAUCCGUGAGUUGAUUCGGAGAGUUUGGGCUGGAGAGCUAGCGCGGGCGGAUCUGUAG